GUGCCCAAUCUCUAAAGUGUCAAAUAUUACGCUCCAAGUGAGCUGCAUUGCCUAGGGGAAUACCGAAUGCGUUGUCGAGACGGCCGCCAAUUAUCUCUUGCGGCGUCCACUGGCCGAGUGCAUGUUUGAUAAUUGCCGCUCCUUGUAUCCGGCCGGGUGAAAAAACGGUUCGGAGUCGUGAGCCCUCAACGUCUGCUGCCGUCGAUGACCCAUUUAUGCGUCUUCAAGCUGAUAUUCGUGUUGACAGUUUGCUGCAUCUAGCUGUCUCCUCUAGGACCGCUACAGACCUGGCCUGACAGUUUGCACCCGUUGCCGACUGCUGCGGCGUUCUGAGUGGGAGGUGGCUCGAUGAUGCGCAAUGCUGGGCGCACAGUGGGCGGCACCCUGCGGUCAGCGGGCAACAGUGCCCUGCCCCAGGGGCUGAGUGCCCUGCAGCAGAGAAGCCGUGCUGGUCAGGAAAGCAUCUUUGCACCUCUCAAGAAGGACUCCUCCCGUACUGCCAGCACAACGGGUGCAGCACGUACGCGCACAAACCGGCCCAUGUCUACUACGCGUUCUGACCCAGUGAACAAGGAGAACAUGCUGUCUCGAGGUAGCUCGGGCGCUCGAAAGUGUGGCAGCAUCAAAUCAUCCUCGAGCAAAGAUAGCCUGGACUCCAAUGGCCAGACGAAAGAGCACAAGAAGCCUCAUUCUGGGCUGGGGCAGCCCACAGUGGGUACCCAGACAUCGGAAAGUGCAGGCAAGGCGUCUCCCACGACUAUCCUGCAACUGGAGCGGGAGAAGAGCUUGCUGGAGCAGCAGGUCUCCGAGUUGGUGCGCAAUGCUGAGAGCAAGAAGGCCGAGAUUGCCACUUUGCGCAUGGAGAUCAAGCAUCUCAAGCAGGAGAGUUCUGGGGGCAGCCGCCAGCUGGAGGCCCUCCAGCUUGAGAACUGCAGUCUACGUGAGAAGCUGGUCCAGCUGGGUGUGGAACCUGCUGAGGCAUCAGGAAAACAAGACCCCCUGCAGCGGUCAGCCUCAGCGGGCAGCCUUGAUGGAGCUCGAGAACAGGCCAAGUCUGUGGAUGGUGCCCUGUCGGACGACGCUGGUCCCAGUGGCAGUCGGCAGGAGUGGGACAAGGCCAGCACCAGCAGCUUAAGUGAGAUGUCUGUUGCCUGCCUCCAGGACCGCAUCAUGCAGAUGGAGGAGACGCACUACAGCACCAACGAAGAGCUCCAGGCGACACUUCAAGAGCUGACGGAUCUGCAGGACCAGCUGACUGACCUUCAAAUGGAAAACGAGCGCUGCUGUGACGAAAAGGCCCUUCUGCUCGAGUCGCUGUGCUCUCAAACAGAGAAGCUGGAGGAGUGCCGAUCGCACAAUGACCACUUGCGCGCGCUGCUCUUUGGUCAUGCGUCCCCACCUCCGCAAACCUCGUCGUCUUCGUCUACGCCAGCAGUGGAAGCACAACUUUCGAGGGAGCAGCACUAUGUGGAGCUGCUGAAGAAAGCGCACGAAGAACAGACAGUGCUGCGUGGCCAAGUGGAACAGCUGCAGGCUUCGCUAGAGGUGGCCUCCCGUGAAGCCCAGGACCAUCAGCGAGAUCUUCAGGGCCUUGCUCACCGCGUCUCUCUGCUGCAAGCGGCACUUGAGGCAGCUCAGGCUGCCUCUUCUUCCUCUACGGCUCCUCAGGGAGAGGGUGACAAUGCUGCACCAAUUCUGGAUGGGGAAGCACAGGUGGUGGACAGCAGCAGCCAGCUGAGCCACAGUGCCAGGUGGCAGGAAGAGGAGCGCAAGCGGGAGGAAGCUCUGCAGGAGCAACUGGCUGUCGCCCAGAGGGAGGCCGCUCGUCUCUCGCAGCUGCUGGCAGAGGUGCAGGAGGAGACGCAGGCCGCCCAUGCUCAGGUUUCUGCACUUGAACAACGUGUGGAGCAGCUGGAAGCGGAGAAAGCUCAGUUGCAUGAAGAAGCUGAAGCCCGUUGCCAGCGGCUUCUGGAGGAGAAGCGGCAGCUCCGUGCCACCCUCGCCGAGAUGAGCAAUAGCCUGGCUGACAACUCGGCUCUUCUAGGAGCCGCGCGCCGAGACCUCGACGAUCUGCACUCGCAGCAUGUUCUUGAGAAGGAGGAGUGGAAACGAUUCGAAGCCGACCUGCUGACCACUGUGCGAGUGGCCAACGACUUCAAGACCGAGGCCCAGCAGGAGGUGGAGCGGCUCCAGUGCGACAACCAGCAGCUGCAGGAGAAACUCGAGGCCUUGGAGGCCCAGCUGGCUAAGCUUAAGAGCAAGCAGGAGCUGUCGCCCAAGGCCCACUCUUCGUCUGUAGAUGGCCUCUCUGAGGGCGGAGCAGGGGUCCAGGAGGGAAUGCCCUUGAGCACACCCCCUCGUAGUAGUAGCAGCGGUAGUAGCCGGCCACUGUCCAAAUGGAGUGACCUGCGUGCUGGCAGCAGCAGCAGCAGUAGCAGUGCUCAACACUCGGUGCGCAGCUUGAUUGAAUCCAUUGAGAAUGCUACAAAGCAGGCUAAAGGUCCAAGUAGCAGGAGCUCCUCCACUAGCAGUCUCAACAGUCUGGCCUCUGAUUCGAGAUCAGCAGUUGCAGCAGCAAACGCACUGCUUUUGGGAAAUGCUGGCGACAUCUUGGCUAAGAGCCCAUUCAAGGUUCCCGAGAAAGUACGCCUUGCACCGCGGCCUUCACAGCAGCAGCCUAUCCAGCGCCCCGACACUGCUGGGGAGAGCACGACUGAAGUUCCGACACGCACAGAAGCUGACAAGGCACACCCGGUCUCCAUCCUAGCCCACAAGCUGGAGCCCAUUCGUAGAAAUAGCUACAGCUUGCACACUUCCAGCGACCUGUCGUUUGAGAAGAAAGAUCCACUUGCGUCACUGGUCAAGGGAGGGGGAUCCAAGCGCAAUGCAUUGCUCAAGUGGUGCCAGAACAAGACUAUGGGCUACAAGAACAUAGACAUCACCAAUUUCAGCAGUAGUUGGAAUGAUGGACUAGCCUUCUGUGCUCUUUUGCACACUUACCUUGGGGACAAGAUCCCUUAUGACCAACUUGAUAGCAAGGACAAGAGAAGAAACUUCAGUAUUGCAUUUGAGGCAGCAGAAUCUGCAGGGAUUCCAAGCACUUUGAAUGUCAAUGAACUUAUCUGCUUGGAACGCCCGGAUUGGCAGUCAAUCAUGGGUUAUGUCACAUCGAUAUACAAACACUUUGAGACCUGAGAGACUGGAAAGGAUUUGCAGCCAUCGCAGUAGUCCUGCCAGAGCAUUGCGCAUGCGCAGCGGAAACUUGGCCCAACUUUUAGCGACUUGAACUGCCUUCCUGUUUUCUACUUUUCUAGUACAAGUUUACAUUUGCAUGUCAGUGUUGUUUUGGCAAAGGGAUGUGCAAACUGCUACCGUGUGCUAUGCUAGAGUUCAGUGUCACAGCUACUCGCGAAAAUUUUUGUACCUUGACAUCGUGUCUGUUGUGAGCCCGGCAAGUGCUCUCCGAGACUGUCGUUAGGGGCUCCUGUAGAAAUAUUCAACAGUGCUCUCAUCAUCACUGAACUCCCAUGAAUAUGCCAAAGAAAGCUGUUUGGCUGUGUGCUUUAGUCUCAGGAGUAAUGCCAGUGCUGCAGGAAUGCAAAUGCCCAAUUUUAGUUUGUAAGCGUUACAUGACUGAUCUGCUUUCACUUAAUGCCCAAUUGCAUUUACAACCUUGACAGUGUGGAGGGGACCUGCCAUAUUUUGAUUUUCAAAAUAUGGCUUUGACAGGGAGCUAUUGUUCUUUUUAAAGUGUUUUGUUCACUUCUUGUCCAAAGGAGUGAGUGCAUGUUACACAGCACAUGUACCUCACAUCCAUCAUUCACUGCCCAAACGGAUGGGACAUAAGAGCAGCUUCAGUGUCGCACCAUUCAUAUACUUUCUAAUUUUUAACUCACAUUUUAACACGUCUGCCUCACUGGCUUCAAGCUUACAAUCAUGUAUGUGUCUGCCAGAAAUACUCCUUCAGUGUCUUUUUUUUUGUAUUACACAUUGUUUGCACAUUUAUGCAACCUGCAUCAUUGUCACAUGCAUCAUCUAUUUAUGAGACCAUCCUUAUUAUUAUCGAUAACUCUGUUGCCUGACAUUAAGGAUAAAUGUUUGUCUCACAGGCACUGCAGCACCUUGACUGUCACUUCUUCAGUUGUUGCAUACUGCUGACAUCGCCGAUACGAGUUAUGUAUGAAAUAGUGUUAGUGCGGCCUUAUGAAAGACAGUAUACUUCCUUAUACUUGUUUACAGAAAGAUGCUUCAGAUGUUACGAUAAUUAAUGAAUACUUUUCUAGUCCUACAGCUCCUUAUUUGAAUAGAUCUUCCUUUCAGUACCUACUUGUUAUUAAGAUGCCUGGAAAUUUCAUUUGGCACUGAGAAAAUGUAAUAAAAAGGCAGUUAUGGGCAAAGACAAAAUGCUGUUCUAGUCCAAGAUGAGACUCGCUUACACACUGCACUUCGAAAUUAUUCGCUAGAUCGUCUUUGUAUUGGUUUAUGAGUCAUACAACAUGGGCUGCAGUCUGUCAAAUAUGAGCUCAAUGCUAACUUCUUUUCUAGUGUAUAGAGGACAUAUGUGUUAUAAAACAUUAAAAUGAACGACAUGAAUGAAAAACAUCUAAAAACACUUAAGUGACAAAAAGAAGGCAGCAGUAACCAGCUGUUCAGCGACUUCAUUAGCGGCACAACAAAGAUAGCUUGAUUUUUUUUGGUAGUCGCCAUCAAUUGCGUAAACAUUUAAUACGGUAGCAUAAAGAGCUCGUUUCGCAGAACUUCCGGUGUCACCGUCGGUGUCAGUAAUAAAGAUCGGUUUGGCUGGCAAGUCUAGUUUUGUUCUUGCAUCUGCACCCCUGGUCACCCCUCGGUAAACGCAACUCCUGUUCACUGAAACAUAUUUGCUCGGUCUCUGUAGGUUUCAUACUGUCUGAUUGAACUUAAACCUAACAAUCAUUUGUUGCAUUCCUGUGUCGAAAUUCCCUGGAGUCGCUAUAGCAGCUUUGCAUUGCACUUGCAAAAUUAAAUAUACUGUAAAUAUACUCAGAAUCUGCCCAAACUAGUUGCUCUUAUUGGUUUUACGUAAAUGGCAAAUGUUUUACUAGCUGAUAUUUCUUGGUCAAGUUAGGUUAAAUAUGUCUUCAGCUGUAUUUAGUUUAUCUGGACAAAGCUCUGGUUAGACAAGAAUCAAAGGUGUGUUCUGCUGUGGUGUCUGAAACUGCAGUGGUGACAUUCAGGUGUGCCAGUGCAUGUGUUGACACUCUUUUGAGCCCCAUUGUCACGGGGCUGUUAACGUUGUCGUCUAGUCAUGUGUUGAAAAUUUUUUUGUGAGUGUACACAUUCUUCUUAAUUGCAUAGUCAACAAACCACUAUUUGUUCUGACUUGAAUGCUACCAACUCAUCAGGGUAUUUCUUCUGAAGACGGGGGUGCAUUCUUCAUAGCGCUGUCCCCACCCCCGCCCAAAAAAAAGAAAAAGUACUUUCUAUUGUCCAUUGCACUAUGGUGUGCAUACCGGCUUUUUUAGACCCACAAAUUUCAGUAUUCUGGUAAAAAUUGGUAGCAGGGUGCCUGAAAUGUAGGACAUCCACAUUGUUGCUUGUGCUCAGAAUAUUCAAUUUUAUUAUGUAUUUUUGUGGCAGAGUUUAAGCGCAUUUUUAUUACAGUCCUAUGCUGCAGACCACAUUGUGGGACCACAUUGGUGUGUUGUCGAUUGAGUGUGCCUAUCCAAUGACAAUUGCCUUGACUGUAGCAUUAGACCAUGUGCUCUGGAUGCCUUAGCCAACAAUUAUGGGGAUUCAUUCCGCUCAGCCCUUAGUAACCUUUUCUUCCUGUAUCACAGGGAAAGGUGCAUCACCAACAGGUUGUACUUAUCUGAAAGCAUUGCUGCAGCCAUCAUAAAGUGCUGCAUUUUUUUGUGGCAAUUCUUACAGUUAAGCCAGUGCUAACUGUUACGAUAGUGCGAUCUAAAAAGAUAGACAAGUCCAGGAAUGAAAGUAGUGCUUGGUUUGUUGAAAUUUGUGGUACUAUUUGCCAAGCACCUAAUUAGGCCACGUAAUGGACACCAGGAGGUUGUGCCACAUUCAGUGCUUUUUUCUUGUAAUUUUUAGAACUACCUUUCUUUGCAAAGUAUGUUGCCUUAAAACCUGAGAACGCACAGUCCAUGCCAGAGUAAUCUAUACAACUGUUUUCAUUUUUAUCUUUUAAUUUUGAACUGCUGUUAGGUGUUUUCAGAUACAGUGUGGUUGCAGCUUUGGUGCAUUGUUUUCUAUUCUCUUUUCUUGCCACGUGUCACGCUUGGUAGAAUUUAUUAUUUAGUUUGUUAGAAGAUGUUACGACUAAAUUUAUUUUGGGUAAUUUGUGUCUAUUAUAAUUAGUGUGGCCUUAAGAAUUAAUCAACAACCACUCCUAGUAAAUAUAACAUAGUGUUCCAUCAGCACAUGUUUCUUUUAUAUUUUUUUCUGCUUUUAAAUUUGGUAAAAUAUGAAAAGUCUUACGAAGUCUUUGUGGAAACUUGGGUGUAGCCUCAAACUGUAGUGCAAGAGUAUAUAAAGGGGGCAGCCUUCAUGACUAAUGCAUCAUGCCUCAUCAUGCCUCAUAAUCAUUCAACGUGAUUGGAAUAGGCAUAUACACUUUCAUGUCCCUUUUGAGAUGUUGUAAAGUGGUUAUCUUGCCCGGCACCUUAUUGCGUGCCACGUCAUUAUGUCUCUGCAAGGGUUGCUGAGCCUGUAAUGAGGGUAAGCUACGGUGGACAAGCAGGUUUUGUUUGAAUAGGCACAUUAUGUACUUGUACCAGUCAUGCAAAGUUAGGUUUAUAUUUUACAAGCAUCGCAGUUCUUUUCUCUUUUUUUAUUCAUAUUUUCCUAGUGUUUUCUUCUAUGUGUUAAUUGAAACCAGUGGGACAUCCUGGUGCUCUGUUAAUAUGAGGCUAUUUGUACUUGGCAAUGGUGGAUGGCUUGCACCAUAUUGUGCACCUAUGAGCAAAAGCUCACAGAAAAAAAAAAUAAGAAAAGCUGGACUUAUUGCUGGACUUAUUGACAAAUCAAUCUAAAUUUACAACUAUGGUAGAAAUUUCACUAUCAUAAGUGUGACCUGUAGUCUUCGGCUUCAAGUUACAUUCACAGGGAACAGGGAAGCUUGAAGCAAAGAGAAAUCUUUGAAAAGGGAAUGUUGCUAGAGUGAACGUUUCGGCACAUCCACUGUCCAACAAUUUGUAGGUGAAGAAAGAAAUUGAAUUUAUCAAGAAAUUCUUGGUUCAUAAAUAUUUUCUCAAGGGUCUGCAAUGGCUGUAUCCAUCAGCCAUUUGACUACAACAUACUUAAACAUAGAACGUACCUCUAUGUACUAUUCCAAGCAAGCUCUGUUUGUAAGUGCUCAAGUUAACAGUAUUCUUUUUUAUUUUUUGUAUGAAGCAGGCUUUGUAAUACUGCUGCUUUGAAGUUUUGCUGGUGAUGCUGGUAUGUCAUGGCUUCAACUGUGUAGUUGGCCAAAGAAAAAAAAAAUUAUGCGCCUAUUUUUCAGAAAGCCAUUAGUAUUAGAAAAUGCAGUUACAUAUUCUGCAUCUACACUUCAUAACCAGUGAUUGUUUUAAGAGCUCUUUUUGCAUGAUCUGUGAUGGUCAUUUUUUAGUUCUGUCAAAGUUUUCACAGCAGCUAAGAUUACAGUAAGACAUGAUCUCAGUGCGUCUUCUUCAGUUAUGGUAGAUCACAUAGCUAACUUCUAAAAAGCCUGCACAUGUUUACUUUUUGUAAAAAAUUGUUUGUUUUGACAUGGUCAAUAGCUUUUUAGAUACAUGGGCAUACUAAAGUGAGCUUCCUGGGUUUAUUUAUUGUCUAGAAUCUGGAAAUUCGCUGAAGGUGUUCAUUAUUGUCAAUCUUCCUGUGUAGUUUAGUUGUAUUUAGGUAAAAAAAAUAAAUUGCUUGAUCUCCUUACGUCUAAACAACUGGUGGCUCUUCAAGACAUAUAUAUCCAGAAUAGAGAUGACUACGAAAACUUGCUAUUCAGUAUCAUUGUUAUUUCAAGUAAGUUUACUUAGUGGUUGAUUACUUGUGUGAAAUUGUGCACUCUUUGCCAGGCUGUUGAUUCAUACAGCGGCAGAGUGGCCAUACAGUACAGAAGGAGCAAAUCGUUUGUUAAAAGACUACAUCUUUUUUUCAGCUGGGCCAAGCGGCCUGUUUGCAUUGUUUUCCGAGUGAAGGUGCAAGAUGAGCACCUGCAUUCUCACUGUAUUCAGGAACCCUGCCAAGGUGUGCAUCUAGCUUGUGCAAAGUGGUGUGUACCUAUAUUUCUGAUGCCUCAUGUAAUAUUGAAUGUCUGAUGGCAGCCAGUAGGAUAAUUGCUUUCACUGUUCCAAAGAUUGCCAUCCUUUCUAGAUUUCUUGUUCAUGUAUUAUUUUUGUACUUAUAGAUGUGUUUUAUGUGUGUAAGGUUUUUAUACCGUCAUUUGUAGUAAAAUUUUCGGUUCUUGGUGUGAAGAAAGUUACGAGUCCAUUCUUGUACAUUUGACUUGUGUGAGCUGUCUGCACUGUGUGUGUUUGUGCUUUAUAUGAACAUGCUGGAGGAUUGUACCCUGCAAGUUGUGUAACCAUUUGUACAGUUUCUGAUUGUCAGCUUUUUAUACUUAAAUGUGUGAUCAACUGAUGGUUUGAUAAAGACCUACCACAUGAA